CUUCAGCCCGAAAGAUUUAUCAUCGCUCAAGCCCCACCAAGUAUCCUGAUACACCGAUUUCGUUCAAUGAGACAAUUGAACUCGAUCUCGAUUAGACUCCGCAUUGAUCGAUUACCGUCCAAGGGCGUUGUGCUUUCGGCUCCUUACAUUUGGGCGGGGACAGGAGCAACGUGCCUUGCCUCAUCCGUAAGUGGCGGCUGCAACACAAGAAAGUCGCGACUAGGGCAUUUAUGUCUUCAAUGAAUAACGCACUACAAUCCGAUAGUUGUAACCAUGAGAUGCCAUGCAACGCGACG